AUGGCAAAGAAGAAAAAUACCAAUGAAUCGUCUAGGAGAUAUCAGUUCAGGUCCUUUAGGGAUCAUAUAGAAUCUAUAAAGAUAGAACCCACCCUAAAGCUUUCGAAGAGGUCCUUUGAUUAUGCUGAUGUUUCCCAUUUCCUAUCUGCCCUGAAUCACUGGAGAGAAUUGAAUGCAACUAGCUCCUUUAUCGAUCUCGUUGACGAGGUUACACCAAUUAGUCAGACUCUUCCGCAGUUAUUAUAUCAUAAAGACGCAAUUUUCAAUGCUUUAGAAAGAUCUCUUCAAACCAACCAGGCGUUAGGAUUACGGCCAGUUCUUGAGAUGACUGCUCAACUAUGUCACGACCUAAGCGAAGACUUCCUAGAGUAUUAUGAGAGAAUAAUGAAAGUUCUUAGAGAUUUGUCUGUAAAACAAACUGAUGCAGCUUGCUUAGAGUGGAUUUUCGACUGUAUUGCAUUUAUUUUCAAGUAUCUAGUCAAAUACCUCUCGCAGAAUUUGAUUCCAACGUUCAGGUAUUUGACGCCUUUGUUGGAGAAUGACACAAAAAGAUACAACGUCGUAUUUUCUUCUCAGGCUUUGUCUUUUUUGAUUAAAAAAGCUGCCCCCAAUGCUUUAAAGGACUUGAUAAAGUUUUCGUUUGAGGAGCCGAAAAAGAUGAAGACUUUCCACAAAACUUAUUUUGAGGCUUUGGUAAUUAUGUACUCUGAGUCCAUGAAAGGAGUUUCAGGUUCCUUGCACAGCAAAUCUGACCAGAUUCUUGCCGCUCUAGUUUCUUAUGUUGUCACUGAACCUGAACACGACAUGGCCACUACUGUGUUAUGUGAUACGUUAUCCAAUGUUUUACGUCAUACAAACACUAGAGAGCAAGCGAGAGGACUGAAUGAACUUAUAUUGGUUCAAUUGAAUGAGGUACUAGAUAAGAACGAGCCCCUUGAAUCAUAUGUCUAUUGUUCUUUCGUGAGGAUAUUAACCGUUUUGGUAUAUACGGACAACGGCUCUAAGAUAAGUAACUGGACAAAAAUCCUCCAGACUGCAGAAAGAGUAAUAGAAUUUUCUUCAAACAAUGAAGAGAAGAGGUUUUGUCAACUCUCUUUGAAUUUAUAUGCGGUUUUACUGAGGAACUGCGAGAUGUCAGAUAUGGCUAAAUAUUACCGCCAGUUAUUCAGCAGAGCCCUUUCCUUCAAAUGCAGUUUAUUUCUCCCUUUCAUUGAGCUGUGUUUGAGUUUAAAUGUUCAGAAGACUGUAGCUUUGUCGAACGCAUACCUGCAGCAGUUCAUGACAGAAAACUGGCGAACCUCAACCAAAGAGAUAACAUACUUUAUUCAUAAGAUCUCUGAGAUGAAUUUACUCUCUAUGGCAGCAGACAAUCAUGGGUUCCUGAAUAGUCGUUUUUCCAUUACUUUUUCUCCCGAGUUGCCUCAUCAUCUAGUUGCUCAACUAUGUUUAGAUGACGAGUCUGACGAGGCGAUCUACGAGAAUCUCUGGAGACUCAGGUUACUGAAUUUAACAGGUUCAAAAAUUGAUCCCAAACUUGUCCACAUUGUAAGGAAGGUUUUUGAUGCAAGUUUUAGAUCCAAUUCAACUUUGUCUAAAGAGAUAAUUGGGCUCACUUUAAAGACAUUAUCGAGAGUAGACCUUGAUUCAGAAACUAUGGGUCAUGUUGUGAAGAAAUUACUCGGAUGUGCAGAUUCUCAUAAAACUAACGUCCACUAUCUAGAAGGUGCUACCGAAUUUUUGAGUGGCUUAAGAAAUGAGGUACCUUUGGAAAUGUUGAAUGAUAACCAGUUAUCUCUCAUUCAGUCCUUUUGCACCAACUGCUCACUGCCUUAUCACGAGGUUCGUAAGAGUACUUUAAAGUUGAUCAUAGUUAUUCUUCUCAAAAUAAAUGACACUGAACAGACAGUGUCAUUAUUGCGCAAAUGCUUGUUGAUAGAAGAUAUUCCCCUCUCUUUUGAGUCUAGUCGAGACAUCCAGUUGAGACUCAGGAAUUUAGCCUCAGAUUAUUCUUCAUCACCCCCUAAUUACCUAAGUGAUAUUGUCGUGCUGAGAUUCUUUUUUGGCCAACUGGCAAACAAAUUUUCGCCCUCCUGGAAAGUUAUUUGGGAAGUAUUCCCCAAAAUAGCUGCAAAAAAUUGCAAGUAUGUCUGGGAACUUGCCUAUUACUUUUUGAAAGAUCCUCAAAAUCAUACUGCUGAAGUAGAGGCGGAUGAUAGUUUUGAUUUUUUAGGGCGACAAGAGGAAGCUUUUAGCCAUCACAGUACAAAUCCUUGGUCGACCAUUUCCGAUACAAGAUUUGCCAAAUUUUCAAAUGCUUCAGCUCAAUUCUUUUCAUCUUACGAAAACAUUUCAUUUUCAUUACUCAAUACUCUGGUCUAUACUCCGGAUGAUUUCAAUGGUAUCUUUUCAAUGAGAAGUCAAGUUUUAAAAACUUUGAUUACUUUUCCAAGUCUUCCUCAAGAACACAGUAUAGAUCUUGUGCCUUUUCUUCUUAACAAGUUUGAAGAAGAUUGUGAAUUAAAAAUGGGAAAGUACCAGGUAUUCUCUGCCGCUGAUAAGGCGUUGCUUUUAGAUCUUUUUACAGAGUUUCCGGAAUUGAAAAGCAUUGAGUACAGUGAUCGGAUCUAUCAUUAUGCUCUCAACUUAUUGACCAGUAGAGACGACAGACGCCAAAGAUUGGCUCUGAAAUGUAUAUUUGCAUUCAAAAACAAACACAUUGAAAAGUACAGGGAUAAUUUGGAAAACUUGAUUGAUGACACUUCAUUCAAAGAUGAGAUUUUCAGGUUAGUGAGCAAGAAUCAAGACAGUAACCUGCUUGAAGAAGAAGAUAUUGAUUAUGUUAUACCCCUGGUAUUAAGAAUUUUGUAUGGUAAACUUCAAACAGCUAAAGGGAGUGACUCGAAAGAAGGAAAAAAAAAUGCUGUUCUCUCUAUUUUGCCCAAUCUGCAAAAACGUCACAUUAUAUAUUUUCUUUCGUUGGGACAUGAAAACAUUGAUAGUGAAUCGUUUUUCCGUGACCAAAAAGUCAACACCCAUACCGUUUCAGAGAAAUCUUUGAAACAACAAGUUGGAUUUGUUAACAUGUUGCAAGCAGUAGCGUCUACUUUGGGAGAACCUUAUACGGAAGCGUUGGGUUACUCAGUUAAACCUCUAGUCUAUUCUUUAUCAUUGGCACAGACUCUUGUCCAGACUAAGAAAGAUGAUGUUAAAGAUGAAUCCGAAGUUCAAAUAGAAAAGUUGGCGAAGACCCUGAGACAGUCGGCCAUGAACUGUUUGAGAAAAUUUUUUCUUGUUCUUGACCCUCAAGUUUUCUCAUGGGAUGAGUAUUUUCCACUAAUAUUCAAAUUUAUUUUGAAGGAGCGGUUGCUUAAAAUUUUACCGGAAAAUUCAAGACAAGCAUCUUCUAUUUUAAAGAUUUUAUGCUUGUGGUCAGGAGAUAAUUAUUAUCAUUACUUAUUUACCGAAGACUUUCUUCCUCUCAGAGCUGUUCUAUCUUUAUUGGAUACAGAGUAUUUCAACUGCCAAGUUUUGAAGAUGGUGCUCAAUUUUGUCAAAACAAUGAUCAGCAGGGUUGUCCCAGAUGACGUUUACAUUGAAGCUAUCUCUCUGAUUGUGGAAGCUGUUUUGAAGGUAUUGGCUCCACUCUUAGAAAAGAUAGAAGAGCCUCCAAUACUAACUCUUGGGAUCGAUGUACUUUUGAUCCUGGUAGAGAAUGAUUACGUCAAUGACCUUCAAAUCAAAACUCAGUUGAUAGAAGCUGUUACUGCAGUACUUAAUAAGCAAAAACUACAAAUAGAUCAGCUUGACAGAAUUCGAGUUUAUCAGACUUUGGCUUCUUUGGUGGCUAAUAUUGCUUCAACUAUCGAGGAAAUUAAUCCUUUAUAUCAAGUCAUUUCCAAGGCCUAUGAAAUCGAAACUCAAAACGACAUUAGACUGAUGAUUGGGAGUGUUUUUAUGAAACUUCAAGGAGAGUAUGAAGAGCUUUAUCCGGUUGGUGAUUUGGUAAACUCUUUGAAUGCACAUGGACCUAAUUCAGAUAAGGACAUUGAUUACCCAACGAGGCUAAGAGCCUUCAGAAGAAUAAACGAAGACUUGUUUCUGAGUUUGACACAACUGCAGUGGCUCCCAAUCCUUUACAAUUCUCUUUAUUUCAUCGAUCAUGCCGAAGAGUUAUCGUUGAGAUCAAAUUCCUCCUUUACCCUGAGAAGAUUUAUUGAGUGUUACUCGUUGAAGGAAACCAUCGAAGCUGCCCAACCUCUAAUACAGAUUCUAAAGGCUGUAGUGCUACCGCAUUUGAAAGAAGGACUUUUGAAUGAAAAUAUACUAGUUCGAACUGAAUAUAUUGGAGUGUUGAGAAGCAUCGUUAGUGUAUCGCAUCACUUUGAUGAGUUGAAUGAUUUGAAGGUACUGAUCGCCCAAACUGAAGAGAGCUCGGUGUUCAACUCUGUGCAAUUUGCGGAGCUACACGAAAGUGACGAGGACAAAGUUGACUUUUUCAGUGACAUUGUUAACAUUCAAACGUAUUGUCGUUUUUCGGCCCUGGAAAAGCUUAGAAAACAUCGUCAAGAUUUGUAUGUUGAUAACCUUUAUGAAUAUAUCCUUCCAGUCAUUGAAACAGUAUGUUUUUCCAAGGAUGAGAAGCACGAGCAAUUGGCCAUUGAGGCAAUUGAUACUAUGGGAUAUCUGUCAGUUGUGCUAAAAUGGAGUCAGUUUAAACUACUAAUAAGAAAGCAUCUUGCUCGCUUGAAGCGGGAAGUUACAGUUGAUGGUUUAAGAAACAAUAUAAAUAUAGUUGUUGCUCUUUCCAAGAGCAUGUUUCAAUCUGUUGAAAACUAUAAAAAAGGUGACAAUUUACUGACCUUCAAAGAAUACCCUACAGAUGCAGAAUUAGAAUUCUUUGUCAAGAGGACCUUACUUCCCUCCAUGAUAAGUCGUCUAGGUGUUUCUUCUAUACAAGAAGAUGAGGAACAGAACACGGCAUCUAUCCGGGUUCCUUUGUCACUUGGAAUGGUUUCGGCAGUGAUGUGUUUGGAUGAGCAAUCAAUGAUUGCUGAACUUCCUGGAGUUUUGACAGGGAUUUGUCAACAACUGCGGUGCAAGAUCGAGUCGGUCCGUGAUGCUGUUAGAGAAUAUCUUGGCCGUAUUGCUGUGCUUCUAGGCGCGUCACACUUUAAGUUUAUUAUUAAGGAACUUAAGGGUGCGUUGUCCCGAGGAGCUCAUGUUCAUAUCCUUAGUUACACGUUAUAUCAUCUGAUGGUCCAUAUGACCAAGAAUGAUCAUCUCGCCCAUGGUGAUAUGGAUGAUUGUGCCCAACUGAUCAUUGAUAUUAUUAUGGAAGACACAUUUGGAGCUGCUGGUCAUGAGAAAGAUGCAGAUGCUUAUAUCAGUAGGACGAAGGAGGUAAAGGAAAAGAUGAGUUUCGAAACGGCCGAAAUCCUAGCCAGAAACAUCUCUUUGACAUACUUUUCUGCUCUUAUUCGGCCAGUAAAACUUCUUCUCAAAGAACGACUUUCCUCGAAGGUGCGUACUAAACUCAACCAGUUAAUGCAUAGAUUUUCGGUAGGUUUAUCUUACAAUGAUGAGGCAAAUACAGCACAAGUUCUAAGACUAUGUUAUGAAUUAUAUCGUCAAGCCCAGAGCUACGUUGAAGAGAAAGAGACUAGUAAGAAGAAGUCAAAUCGAAAUGUUGAUGACUCGUCUGCCCAUUUUUUGGUACAAUUAGACAGCAGGCCCUUGAAAACAAUGAAUGAAUACUCACAGAGCGUGGGCACACUUGAGAAAUUCGCAUUCGAUAUUCUUGGAAAUGUUUUAGCAGAACAUCAGAAUCUGUUGACAGUGGGUAACUUAUCCAUGUUUUUGCCCAUUCUGGAGCUAUCGCUUUCACAAAGUGAUGAUGAUGAAGUUGUUGCUUCCAACAUAAGAAUUAUGAUCCUUCUGGUUCAGUUGCCAUUUCCUGCUGAGAAGAACCCAUUUUUUCAGCGUUAUACCACCCAAGUGCUAAAAAUCCUACGAGAGUGCCCUAAUACAGGUUCAGAGCUUUGCCAAGCUUGCCUAAAAUAUCUCUCUGGAGUAUUAGAGUUUAAGUUCCAGAUUGAGUUAACAAACCAAGACAUUAAACAUAUAUUAUUACAAAUUCAACCUGAUUUAGCCGAACCUCCCAAACAGGAACUCGCUUUUGAAUUUCUCAAGUCAUUGGUCUCUCAGCACGUAAUGCUUCCAGAGAUAUAUGACAUUAUGAAUGAAGUAGCUGAGAUCAUGAUAACAAACCAUAACAAACUGACCAGGAAGUUGUCGCUCGAAGUUUAUCUUCAAUUUUUGAUGGAGUACGACCAAAGUCGAGGACGAUUGGAAAGGCAAUUUAUGAUGCUAGUUGAUAAUUUGGAUUAUCCUGUUGAAACAGGUCGUCAGUCGGUGAUGGAGCUAUUGCACCACGUUGUUCAGUCUUCGGAUAUCGGUCUGAUAAGCAAAUUGUCUUCGUCAUUUUUUGUAUCUUUGAUCAAUGUAUCAAUUGUGGACGAUUCUUCAAAAUGCAGGGAAAUGGCUAGCCUAUUGAUUAGUCAAAUUUUGAAAAUUCUCUAUGAGCAUUCAUCUUCAGAAAUAUUGUUGAAAAUUAUUAAAUAUGGGAAAGCUUGGACGAAUCAUGAAACCACGAUAUUGCAACGUUGUGGUCUUCACACCUACAAACUGUUAAUUCAGCAAACUGGCGUGGGCUAUAAUUCAGAAUUUGAUGCCUUAAUAUUACAAACUUGUCACAAAGUCUUUGCCUCUGCUAGUGCUGCGUCAACUGCAAUCAUUGAAUGGGAGCUACUGUUUUAUUGUUUGAAUACUUUUGCCUGUAUACUUGAACAUCGUGGGGAACUUGAGUUGAAUGAUGCCCGACUGUUAACUAUUUGGAAAGAUUUGAUUGGCAUCCUUCUAUUUCCUCAUAGUUGGAUACGACUCUUAGCAUCGCGCAUCAUCGGUUCCCUUAUAGAGCACACCGCUGUGUUCAUGACUGUUUUUGACCAAUACGAUGCCCAAACUAUAGCUUAUAGGCUACUGCAUCAGCUAGAUGCUCCACAAGUGUCGGAGAAAUUGAGUGAGCAAGUUGUCAGAAAUCUGAGUAGCUUAUCAGUGCAUUGGAAUUCAUCUAACGCCAAGUGUUUGCAAAAAGAUGAAAUGGAUUGCCAAUAUAACACUAGCUUGGAGUGGGCCCUCUCUCGAGUAUGCGCUAUAGUAAGGCAGGAUAGUAGAGCGUCGCAAGCGAAGAAAGCUGGAAUUCAAUACUUUGCAGUCAUCAUUCAAUUAGUCAAUCCUGAUAAAUUACGUCAACUAUAUGCCAAACAAAUCAUUCUGGCUUUGUACCCAUUCAUUGAACGCGAGUAUCACGAUGGAGGAAAAAUGGAAUUAGAACAGCUUGCAGAAGAGUGUGUAUCUAUGUUAAAUUCAAAGCUAGGAACUAGUGUUUUUACUGAAUUAUUUGUCGAAGUUCAGACUAUUGUCCACCAAAGAAGGGCCGAAAGAAAAGCCCAUUGGAAAGAUAUUCAAGACACUAAACCCGAGGAGGCACAGAAGCUGAGAGCUAUCAGACAUGAAAAGAAAAGGAAAAGGACCAAAGAAAAUUUGUUGACGCAACCUUGUCGAAUGAGUUUUACCGCGAUGACAAGCGAACCCGUAAAAAAUAGUAGAUAG